ACAACAAACUAACGGAGCACCUGGGCGCAGCGAGCGGCGCCGGGCUGAGGGCUGAGCGGGUCUGGUAGGCGGCUCAGAAUCCUGUCAGGCGGCUGGCUGUUUCUGCCGGGGUCGCUCCCCGCCUGCCGCUGGAGCUCGGCUGACACGUCAGUGAGAAAACCCGCCAGGCAGUUAACGUCCGGGAGAGGCUUAGGGAAGGAGGAAUUCAGGCUGCUCGAGAGUGCAGCUCUCUCCGGGUGUUUCCAGUAAUUAUUGCACAGGAAAUUCAGAAGGCAGGGCCUGCUAGACUGUAGAAACACUGGAAGAGUGUCUGUAUGCUGAGAGGCUUACAUGAUGGAAUUUAAAUUGACUCAAGCAAAGCUGCACAUUUUGGAUCAACACUACUGACGUUUUCUUCAAUUCGCUAUAUGUUUACCCAAAGAAAGCAUUCAAUGGAUUUCAAGGAAAGUUGCCCCAGUGUUAGCAUCCCAAGCUCUGAUGAACACAGAGUGAAGAAAAAGAGAUUCACUGUUUACAAAGUUUUGGUCUCAGUUGGCAGUAAUGAGUGGUUUGUCUUCAGGCGAUAUGCUGAGUUUGAUAAACUAUAUAAUACACUGAGGAAACAGUUUCCCACUAUGAACUUAAAGAUUCCUGCUAAAAGAAUAUUUGGAGACAAUUUUGAUCCAGACUUCAUUAAACAGAGAAGAGCCGGGCUGAAUGAAUUCAUUCAAAAUUUAGUACGACAGCCAGAACUAUGCAAUCACCCAGAUGUUAGAGCAUUUCUUCAGAUGGAUAAUCCAAAGCACCAGUCUGAUCCAUCGGAAGAUGAGGAUGAACGGAACAGUCAAAAGCUAAACUCUACCUCACAGAAUGUCAACCUCGGGCCAUUUGGAAAUCCUCAUGCUAAACCAACAGAUUUUGACUUCCUGAAAGUUAUUGGGAAGGGAAGCUUUGGCAAGGUUCUUCUUGCAAAAAGAAAACUGGAUGGGAAAUUCUACGCUGUUAAAGUAUUACAGAAGAAAAUUGUUCUCAACAGGAAAGAGCAAAAACACAUUAUGGCUGAACGUAAUGUGCUGCUGAAAAAUGUGAAACAUCCAUUUUUAGUGGGAUUGCAUUAUUCAUUCCAAACGACAGAGAAGCUUUACUUUGUUCUGGAUUUUGUUAAUGGAGGGGAGCUCUUCUUUCAUUUACAAAGAGAACGUUCCUUUCCUGAACACAGGGCCAGGUUUUAUGCUGCUGAAAUAGCCAGUGCAUUGGGCUACUUACACUCCAUAAAUAUUGUAUACAGGGAUCUGAAGCCAGAAAACAUUCUUCUAGAUUCACUGGGACAUGUUGUGUUAACAGACUUUGGGCUUUGUAAAGAAGGAAUUGCUACUUCUGACACCACAGCAACGUUUUGUGGGACACCAGAAUACCUGGCCCCAGAGGUGAUCAGAAAGCAACCAUAUGAUAAUACAGUAGACUGGUGGUGCCUUGGUGCUGUUUUAUAUGAAAUGCUUUAUGGUCUGCCUCCUUUUUACUGCCGUGAUGUCUCUGAAAUGUAUGAAAACAUUCUUCAUAAACCACUCCAUUUAAGGCCGGGCAUCAGUCUUACUGCAUGGUCUAUUCUAGAAGAACUUUUGGAGAAAAACCGGCAAAAGAGACUUGGAGCUAAAGAAGACUUUCUUGAAAUUCAAAGGCAUCCCUUCUUUGAAUCUCUCAGCUGGUCUGACCUCCUUCAAAAAAAGAUCUCACCACCAUUUAACCCUAAUGUGGCUGGUCCAGAUGAUAUUAGGAAUUUUGACAUGGCAUUUACAGAAGAGAUGGUGCCCUAUUCAAUUUGCACUUCUUCUGACUAUAAUAUCAUAAAUGCCAGUGUCUUGGAAGCAGAUGAUGCAUUCAUUGGAUUUUCUUAUGCACCACCUUCAGAAGACUUAUUUCACUAAACUUUGUGGAACCAAGAAAUACAUCACUUGUCAUCUUAAAUGGACCAAAAUGUCUUGAUCGUGAACAGAUUCUUUAAAAAAUGUGCCUGUGUUGAUGUGAAACCUAUGAACAAAAUUUAUCUGCUGUAAUUUGAGGAAUCUGAGUGUUUUUGGUCUACUUUCUUUAGACUGUUACAGCUGUCGCACAAAAUACUUUUUAAAAAAAGAACAAGUAGCUUUUGUUAGCUGGUCCUAAAGUUUAAGUUCUUUCAAAGCAAGGACAUUGACUGUUUUUUCUCUAGUUUACAAUAUUAACAUCUCCAGAGCUGGCUGUCUUUAACAGCAGAAAAUGCCUUGGUUAACUAGCUAUGGUGACUCUGUGCUCAAAAUGUUAUUAUACUAUGCAAUGUUUUUGUAUAUCAUUGUUUUAAAAAGAUAAGUUUAUCCAGCACAAUUCUUUGUUGUUUUAAGGCAAGUUGAUUCACUGCCAACACUUUCCUUUAAUGUCCCCCCCCUAACUUUAAUAAUAAGCAAAGAUCUGGAUGAUGUUGUUUACUUUAAGGCCAGAUUGUGCCAUCUUUAAUCAUAGUGUGCCCAGAAUUGCAGCCAUUUUCUUCUGAAGUACUUUGAUUAAUUCCAGUUACAAAUAUGUUCUCUGGGUAGAACAAAUGAGCCUUAAAGACUUGUUCAUAAUGACUCAUCUCAUAAUGACUAUAACUUUUCUCUUCUUGUAGAAGAAGCUAAGUGGUUAUUUUUCCCCAAAGAAACAGGUGAUGGAAAAAUUACUGCAUUUGUAGAACAAAAACUUAACUUGUAUUUGGAAUACUAAUAUAUUACAACUUGAUUGUAUUAAAAUCCAUAGUUUCUUGUAAUCUGUAUUUUGAUUUCUAUUCAUAUAUAGCUCGGAAAAGCUACCAAAACUUAUUUGCAAUUUAAAAAAAAUAUGUAGAUGAUUGCAGUCACUAACAUUUAGUGAGGAUGUGGAGAAGAGGGCAUGAGACCAACAGUCUUUGAAGGAGUAAAACAAAGAUUAAUUUAUCACUUGAAACAAAUAAUCUAAUGGGUUGGAUCCUGUAUCAUAUUCUGCUUGCCAUUUUGCAUGAGAAUUUCACCUAUUCCCCUCUACCACUUCAGGUCCUCUAUACGUUAUCCACCCUGUUCAUGGGGGUUUAUGGAUUUUAGGGAUUACAACCUGUUGCAAUGAAGAGAAGGUUGUAGGAAAGUUCCAGUCCAUUAGAGUAACUAUACUCAUAGUGUGUAACAUGGCCAUGAUUGACUUUUAUCCUUCUAUGUUGCACACCACCUAAAAUUAAUCUCCAGUAUUCAUGCAUUGACUGCUAAGUUUUUCCAUUGUUCUCAGCCUUCAAAGGAAGCUGUGUGUUCUACCCAGUGUUAGAAAGACAUUUGAUCAAUUGUUGAUUUUUAAAAUUUUUCCAAGGGAUGCCUCCGUAUUUUGCUUCUUUUGUCCAUAAGGCCAAGAGAGAACCUGAUACCAGAACCAUUUAUAUCUGCAUACCUGCUCAGUGUUUCACACACAGAUCUGGCAAGACAAGACCUUAAGAUCAUGACCUGGAAAAAUCCUUUUUUCCCCUUUCCCCUUUUUUUAGCCAUUCAGCCUGAUGAAGAGUUCUGGAAAAUUCAAAAACUUGCACCCUAUUCUUUGCCAUUUUGGUUGGUCCUAAUAAAA